AUGGUUAGACUCUUUUCAUCAAAACCAAAAAAGGAGAAACUACCAGAGAAUGUAGAUAAUGCAUUUCAAGUUGUACUUGAUGAGGCUGGUGUACCUGAAAGUGAAAGAAAACAAUUAAUGACUUUGGAUAUUGAAAGAAAGAAACAAUUAAUUCAAUCAUAUCAAAGCAAGUUGAUAUCAAAAAAAGACUAUGCAAAGAGUAGUAAAUCAGUACAUCACAGUCCACAAUACUUUGUAGAGGCACUUAAAACUGAUCCAUCAAAAGAACUAUUGACAUCGUUACGUGUUCGUCUUGGUAAUCAACCUUUGAAAUGGUUAAAGGAAUUCAUUGCUAUUGGUGGUGUUAAUCAACUCAUCAAAGUAUUAAAUACAAAUGAAAUUAAACCAAACAAAACAGUUGAUGAUGAUUACAAGAUUGCACAAUGUCUACAUUCAUUUAAAUUGAUUAUGAAUAAUAGAGUUGGUUUAGAGUCUGUCAUAAAGACACAGGCAUCGAUCGAUUCUAUUGCAUUGGUGUUGGAUAGUCAACAUCUAAAGACAAAGAUUAUGGUCUCUGAAUUAUUGGCUGCAUUGUGUGUGCUACACGCCAAAGGUCAUGCCAUUGUUUUACAAUCGAUGGACAAUUAUAGAGAGGUAAAGAGAGAGAAAAAGCCAUACGUCCAUCUUAUACAAGGUCUCAAAAACAGUAAUCCAUCACUUCAAGCUGCUACCUUUGCAUUGAUCAAUACUCUUAUUUCAUCGUCAGAGAAUGUUGACAAUAGAAUCAAGGUUAGAAAUCAAUUCAAACGUAUUGGAAUACAAAAUAUCAUCGAAGAGUUGGAACCAACCUUUAGAUCAAACCCUGAUCUUGCCACUCAACGUGAUCUCUAUGAACAAGAAUCGAGAUGGGAUGAAAAGGAACACAUUGAAAAUGCUAGAGGUGAUCAAUCAGAAGACAAUCCAGAACAACUCUUUAAAACUAUUAGGGAUAUUACCAAUGGUGGUCCAAUUUAUCCUGCUUUUGUUUCUAUUUUGAAAUUAUUACUUAGAACUGUUUCUGAUCAAGAUCAAACUGAAGAUCAAAAUUUAUCAAAUUGUUUAUUUUUAGAAAAGGUACUAUCUAAAUUGAAUGAAGGACUUUCACCAAACGAUGACUUUUCACAAUUCUUUGGUGGAUCAAUGUCUGCAGCUUUAACCGACAUUGAUCACGUCUCUGGAGACAAGGCCAUUCUCAUUCAAAAGGAGAUUGAAGACUUGAAAUCCAAAAACAAAAGAGCAACUGAACAAAUUCAUGAAAAAGAUCUAUUGUUGACAAAAUUUGCCAAAAAGAUAAAGAGAUUAGAGGAUGGUAUAAAGUCUGGAAAGGGUCGUGAAAUCCUAGAUGAAGAAGAUGAAUUGGAGAAUGAACUAGUUAGAAGUGCAUUCCAGAGUGCUCUUGUUGGAGGUGGUAGUGCUACAACAAAGAAAAGUGCCUUCUCGUUGGACAGUGACAGUGGAUCCACUUCAAAUGGUCUGUCUAUUAUGAGAGCCAAAGCACCUAUUGGAGGUCCAUCUGACUUUUUAUCAGGUCUAUUGGAUGAUGGUAGCGAUGCAACUGCAUUGGCCAAUGGUGACGCUCCACCUCUUCCACCUGGUGUACCACCUCCACCCCCACCUCCAGGUAUGAAGGCACCUUCCACACCUGAAAGAUGUUCAAGAGCACCAGCUCAAAAACUCAAGAGUUAUCAAUGGGCCAAGUUGCGUACCAGAAACAUCACCAAUACCUUUUGGACAAAGGUGGACUUUGGCAGAUUCAAUGAUGUUCUACCCUAUGAACAUAUAGAAACGCUGUUUGCUGCUGCCAUCUUUGAGAAAAAGGAAAAGGAGAAAAAGACAAGCGAAAUCACCGUCAUUGAUCCAAAGAGAGCUCAGAAUGUCGGUAUUCUCCUCUCGAGAUUCAAAAAUGUCAGUCCACAAGUGGUCCACGACGCCAUUUUCAAUUUGGAUGACAAGGUUUUGGAUUUGGAGACUAUUAAUCAACUGAUCAAGUAUAUUCCCUCCAAAGAGGAAUUUGAUGCCAUCUCUGCUUUCAAGACAUCGCAACAAGACAAGGCACCAGAGGAAAAGCUCAAACUAGGUCAAGCUGAACAAUUCUUUGACCUCAUUAGUGAUAUCCCAAGACUCUCUCAAAGAAUUCAAGCACUCCACUACAAACUAAAUUUCCCAGAGAAAUUGUACCAAGCCAAGCCAGAUAUCAGAAUCUUUAAUCAAGCAAUGAAUGAACUUCAAAACGAAAAUCUAUUUAGAAUCAUGGAAAUUAUUCUUGCCGUCGGUAACUUUAUCAAUCAUGGCACCAAUAGAGGAAAUGCAAGUGGUUACAAGAUUGACAGUAUCAACAAACUUGCAGACACCAAAUCAAAUGUUAGGGACAAAUAUACACUCGUUCAUUUCUUGAUUGAACUUGUUCAAGAAAUUCAACCCGAACUUUUGGAUUUCUAUAUUGACAUUCCUUCUGUAAUUGAAGCUGCUACUUUAUCGUAUUCAACCUCUACAUCUGAAAUUAGAUUGUUGAGAGCUAGUUUAAUCAAAAUUGAAAAAGAAAUAUUUGGUCAAUCAAGUAACAAUAACAACAACAACAACAACAACAACAACAUCGCUGCAAAUAAUGAAAAUGAGAAAAAAGAUCAAGACUCGACUGAUACCACCACCACAACAGAAGGAGAAGAAAAAGAAAAACAAGAAGAAGGUAAAGCAAGCAAUGGAGAUGAAGCCAAAGUUACUACAACCGAUCAAGUUGAACCACUUGAUGAUAAUGAUCCAUUUAAAUUACAAUUAUCUGAAUUUUUAAUUUCAGCCAAAGCAGAAUUAUUGGAUACAGAAACAUUAUUGGGGGAAACAGAGAUUCUAUUUUCAAAGAUUACCAAAUACUUUGGAGAGGAACCAAAACCAAUUGAAGAAUUUUGUGCUAUUUUCAAGAGAUUUGCUGAUACCUAUCAAAUGUCAAUGAAGGAUAUAGAAAGAGAAAAAGAGUUAAAGGAAAAAGCUGAUAAAAGAAAAUCUGAAAAGACUACAAAUAACAAAACUAUUUCAAAGAGUAACAGUUCUGGAAAACUUGAUCUAUCAAAGGUAGCAUUAAAGUCUGUAAAGAACAACAACAACAACAACAACAAGUCUGAAGCUGGAUCACCAUCUACAUCAGUUUGUAGUGCUGAUGAAGACGAAGAAGCCAUUAGAGAAUACAUCAAAUCAAUGGAAAAAGGUGGAGACAGUCCUUCAUCUACCUAUAGCAGUGGAUCAGAAGGUGAAGGUAUGAUGGACAAUGUUUUGAAUCUCAUCAGAGAUGGUGACUUUAGAACCAUCAGAAAGACCCAUCUUUCCAAGAGCCACAAAUCAAAAUUACCAAAACCAAAAUCACAAGACAUUCAAGAAACUAUCAGUACCCCUCAAUCUAUAUCAUCUGCCUCAUCAAAGUUUAAUGCCGAGCCACUCGACUUUAGUGAAAGUGAGGAGGAAGAAGAAGAAGAGGAUGAGGAAUAUGAUGACGACGACGAUGAUGAAGAAGAGGAUGGCGAUGAGGAAUAUGAAGAGCAACUGGAAGAUGAAGAUGUAGAAUAUCAAGAAGAUCAAAGUGAGGAGCAGGACGUGGAGCAAGACGUCGAUGAGGAACCAGGCGAAAUAGAGAAAGAGAUAAUCAUCAUGUCAGUCAAGAGUAUAUUAGUAUUUGGUGGAAGUGGUGCUUUGGGAUCAGAGAUUGUAGCAUUCUUUAAGAACAAGGGUUGGAAUACUAUCUCUGUAGAUUUCAAGGAUAACAGCAAUGCUACUACUUCACUCUCUAUCAAGAGUUCAAGUGAAGAUGAAAUCAAGAGAAUUACUUCUCAAUUAUCAAAUAUUAAGAUUGACAGUAUUGUAUGUGCUGCAGGAGGAUGGUCACAAGGAUCGAUCAAGAGUGAAGAUUAUUUCAAGAGUGUACAAAAGAUGAUUGAUUUCAAUCUUAGUUCAGCAGUUGCCUGUGCAUACAUUGCAGGUCAAUUAUUAAAUGAAAAUGGUUUAGUUGUUCUUACUGGAUCGGUAGCAGCUCUCAAUCCAACACCAGGUAUGCUUGGUUAUGGUAUCACCAAGUGUGCUACUCACUUUAUUGUUAAAUCACUCGGAGAAAAGGACUCUGGUCUUCCAGCCAACAGUGCUGCCUUGUGUCUCUUACCAGUCACUUUGGAUACACCAAGCAACCGUUCAGGUAUGCCAGGUGCCAACUUUGACGAUUGGACACCAUUGAGCGAUGUUGCCAACCAACUCUUUGAAUGGUCUUCCAACGCAUCAACCAGACCAGUCAGCGGAUCAUUGGUUUCAGUUGAAACAAAAUCAAAGAAGACUACAUUUGCUACUCUUUAA